AGUGCCCUGUGCGGAAUGCAGGAGGGGAUCAAGGAGCACAGAAUCUCCCGGGUGUGAAGGGACCCGCCGGGAUCGAAGCUGGGAGGAAGGAUUUUUGGGAAGAGCAUUGUCUUUGUGGUCACCGUGCCUCUGUGUGUGUGUGCCUGUCCCCACGGAAAGCUGAGCAGGGUUUUUCUGCUCUGAGGACGUUCUCCCCGAUCCUGGGCAAAGCUUCUUCAGUGUUGAUUGCCUUCUCCUUAAUGAUGUCGUGUGUCACUGCUUCCCAGGGCUCCGUGGAGCUGCUCAGAAGCCCUUGAGAACACUUUUCAGCCAGGCAGGUUGCCUGGUCACUAUGAACCAUGGCCCAGCUAUACUACAAAAAGGUCAACUUCUCCCCGUACCGAGACCGGAUCCCACUGCAGAUCGUGCGAGCGGAGGCAGAGCUCUCGUCGGAAGAGAAAGCCUACCUCAGUGCCGUGGAGAAGGGGGACUAUGCCAGCGUGAAACAUGCCCUGCAGGAGGCAGAGAUCUACUACAACAUCAACAUCAACUGCAUGGAUCCUCUGGGGCGCAGUGCCCUGCUCAUAGCCAUAGAGAAUGAGAACCUGGAGAUCAUGGAGCUGCUGCUGAGCCACAGCGUCUACGUGGGGGACGCGCUGCUCUACGCCAUACGCAAGGAGGUGGUGGGAGCUGUGGAGCUGCUGCUCAACUACAGGAAGCCCAGUGGUGAAAAACAGGUUCCAACGCUGAUGAUGGACACCCAGUUUUCAGAGUUCACCCCAGACAUCACCCCCAUCAUGCUGGCGGCUCACACCAACAACUACGAGAUCAUCAAACUGCUCGUGCAAAGGCGGGUGACCAUCCCACGGCCGCACCAGAUCCGGUGCAACUGCGUGGAAUGUGUCUCCAGCUCCGAGGUGGACAGCCUGAGGCACUCCAGGUCGAGGCUGAACAUCUACAAAGCCUUAGCCAGCCCUUCGUUGAUUGCCUUAUCGAGCGAGGAUCCCAUCCUGACCGCCUUCCGCCUGGGCUGGGAGCUGAAGGAGCUGAGCAAGGUGGAGAAUGAGUUCAAGGCUGAGUAUGAGGAGCUGUCCCAGCAGUGCAAGCGUUUUGCUAAGGACCUUUUGGACCAGGCACGGAGCUCCCGGGAGCUGGAGAUCAUUCUCAAUCACAGGGACGAUCAGAGCGAGGAGCUGGAUCCCCAGAAGUGUCACGACUUGGCAAAGCUGAAGGUAGCAAUAAAGUACCACCAGAAAGAGUUUGUUGCUCAGCCAAACUGCCAGCAGCUGCUGGCGACGCUGUGGUACGACGGCUUUCCAGGCUGGAGGAGGAAACACUGGGCAGUGAAACUCCUGACCUGUGUCACCAUUGGGCUGCUGUUCCCCGUGCUGUCCGUGGCAUACCUGAUUGCACCCAAGAGCAGGCUGGGACUGUUCAUUAAAAAGCCAUUUAUCAAGUUUAUCUGCCACACCGGCUCCUACCUGACCUUCCUGUUCAUGCUCCUGCUGGCGUCGCAGCACAUCGUCAGGACUGACCUCCACAUGCAGGGGCCGCCUCCCACCAUCGUGGAGUGGAUGAUCCUGCCCUGGGUUCUAGGUUUCAUCUGGGGAGAAAUCAAGGAAAUGUGGGAUGGUGGAUUCAAUGAGUACGUGCAUGACUGGUGGAAUCUGAUGGAUUUUGCAAUGAACUCCCUCUAUCUUGCCACUAUCUCCCUCAAAAUUGUUGCCUAUGUCAAGUACAACGGCUCUCGCCCGCGGGAGGAGUGGGAGAUGUGGCACCCGACCCUGAUUGCAGAAGCUCUGUUUGCAAUAUCCAACAUCCUCAGCUCCCUGCGCCUCAUCUCCCUGUUUACAGCCAACUCGCACCUGGGACCCCUGCAGAUUUCUCUGGGACGCAUGCUGCUAGACAUCCUCAAAUUCCUUUUUAUCUACUGCCUGGUGCUUCUGGCUUUUGCCAACGGACUGAACCAGCUUUAUUUUUAUUAUGAGACCAGUGCCUCGGAGGAACCCAACAACUGCAAGGGGAUCCGAUGUGAGAAACAGAACAAUGCCUUCUCCACGCUUUUCGAGACCCUCCAGUCACUCUUCUGGUCUGUGUUUGGGCUGCUGAAUCUCUACGUGACCAACGUGAAAGCCAGACACGAGUUCACUGAGUUUGUUGGGGCCACGAUGUUUGGGACCUACAACGUCAUCUCCCUCGUUGUGCUGCUGAACAUGCUCAUAGCCAUGAUGAACAACUCCUACCAGCUCAUUGCUGACCACGCGGACAUCGAGUGGAAGUUUGCGCGAACGAAGCUCUGGAUGAGUUACUUUGAUGAAGGCGCCACUCUGCCCCCUCCCUUUAACAUUGUCCCCAGCCCCAAGUCGGUCUGGUACCUUUGCAAGUGGAUCCACAACCAGCUGUGCCCAGGAGAUGACUCUGACAACGAACAGAAGAGGCACGAAAACCUGAAAACAUUCACAGAACGUCACGCUGACAACCUGAUUCAGAAUCAACAUUACCAGGAAGUGAUAAGAAAUCUUGUGAAAAGAUACGUCGCUGCAAUGAUAAGAACUUCCAAAACCAACGAAGGUUUAACUGAAGAAAACUUCAAGGAAUUAAAACAGGACAUCUCGAGCUUUCGCUAUGAAGUUCUUGACCUCUUGGGCAACAGGAAGCCCCAGAGGAGAAGUUACUCUACCAGCAGCACAGAGGUGUCCCAAAAGGAGGAGACAAACGAGGACAAUGCUGUGGAAAAACCCAGAGCCAAGAGCGUGUCCUUCAAUGUAGCCAACAAGAAGAAGGACUUCAACGUGUCUGCCCUGAUUAAAACCAUGUCUGGGAUCAACAUGGUGGAGGAGAAGCCAAAAAGCAACGGGAUCAGCAAGCGCUCGUUCGUGCGCAACGGGAACCGCGUGCAGAGACUCUCCAGCUCCAAGAAGGAAUCCUUCAAGAGGCUGGGCCUGCUCUUCUCCAAGAUGAACGGCCACGUCCCCGAGCCCAGCUCAGAACCCAUGUACACCAUCUCAGACGGCAUCAUCCAGCCACACUACAUGUGGAAAGACAUUAAAUAUUCUCCCAUGGACAGAGAGAGAGAAGAGAAUUGUUCCAAAAGUGAAAUUAACCUCAAUGAGGUGGCCUACAGUGGGAACACGAGACUCACAGGACAGAGCAAGGAGUGCCCUGUGGUUUGUACCAGUUCCCUUCACUGUGCUUCCAGUAUCUGUUCCUCUAACUCCAAACUCAUAGACUCGUCAGAGGAUGUGUUUGAUUCGUGGGGAGAGGCCUGUGACUUGUUUAUAAACCAAUGGAAAGAUGGGCAGGAGGAUCACGUUACCACCCGGCUCUGAGCAAAGCUCUCUUCACUCUCACUGCAAAACUCAGCCAAGUAUUGGUAAUUGUUUGCUCUCAUCUGGUUCAGCAUCACUGUUUCCUUUCUGUCCACAGGUGAAAAAAAAAGUGUAAACCUACUCAUGUUAUAGCCUAUUUUAUAGCCAUCUGCACCUUUUUUAAUUUACUUCUUUUUUUUACACUCACUAAUACUAAAAUAAUGGUUUCACCAUUUAUAAGGUUGCCAUAAACCACAGGAAUCCCUCUGGAUGCAGUCUUAGUCUCCAAACCCCACAGACCUGAGGCAUGCAGGUGGCUGAGGAAAGGAUUUCUCCAGUGCUCCCAUCACCAUCCCACCCAGCUGGGUUCAGUGCUGCUGUCCAGCACCAUUGGCUCUGCAUCCUGCUCAGUGCUCCUCAUCAACACAAACAGCUGCUCAGCAGGAGGCUGAGAAUCACACUGAAAAUGUUUUUAAAAGGGUUUUGACCUAUAGCUGGUGGGUUUUUUUUUUUCCCUUUAAGCAAUAUGACUUCUUUUGGUUGUGCUUGUUUUUUCAGGCCAAUAUAUUAAUAUUGUAAGGUAUUACUGAAUAUGAAACCCCUUUGAUCAUCCACCUGGAACAUGUUUUUGUUGCUAACAUAUUUGCUUAUUUACCUAAUUUCCCUUUUGGGGAGCAGAAGGACUUUCCAAUUAGGCUGACAGUGGGAGCCGGCACCUGGCCUUGCCUCCAACUCCUGUGUAGAUGAACUGAAAAGAAAAACAACCUAAAACAACCCUGGCUGCUUGAAAUACAACCCUCAGAGUAGUUUCUAAUAGGCUGAACCAAAACCCAGCUCUAAGCCUUGCCCUUAUUUUGCAAUUCCUAAUUUUACUUCCAGUGCUGCAUUCACUUUUUGCUGCCUCUCUGAUGGGUGCCAGGGGAAAUCCAUCUCCUGAGGGAGAGAAUCUUCCCUGGGCCCCUGAGCUGCAGGUCUGAAAAGCAGCCUGAGCAGCAUGGAACAGCUCUGCAGGUCCUUCUCGGAGGUGCAACGAAAAGGAGUGUGCCAGGAGGUGAAUCUUUUAUUAUCUUUUAUUUCCCCAGCUGUGGGGGUAUCUGGACAGAGCUUAGCACUGUCACUGCUGCUGUCCCUAGGAGCAUCAAAGUGGGGGAAAACCACAUCAAGGGCAAGGUGGUUGAAUUCUUAACAGGGAUUUUUUUAGGGGGUGUUAUUUUAAGUUUUUAACAAUGGGAUACUUGAACUUUAUUCUGCAGUGUUGCUAAGGAGCAGAGAUGAUUGGCACUCACCUCAGAGCUGGUCUUGGUCAGCUGCUUCCCAGGAGCUCAGGAAUGGGUUCAAUCCCGUCCCCAUUCCUGUCCCCAUUCCUGUCCCCAUCCCUGUCCCCAUUCCUGUCCCAUUCCUGUCCCCAUUCCUGCCCCAUUCCUGUCCCAUUCUUGUCCCAUUCCUGUCCCCAUCUCUGUCCCCAUUCCUGUCCCAUUCCUGCCCCAUUCCUGUCCCCAUUCCUGUCCCAUUCCUGUCCCAUUCCUGUCCCCAUUCCUGUCCCAUCCCUGUCCCCAUUCCUGUCCCCAUUCCUGCCCCAUCCCUGUCCCAUUCCUGUCCCCAUUCCUGUCCCAUUCCUGUCCCAUUCCUGUCCCCAUUCCUGUCCCCAUCCCUGUCCCCAUUCCUGUCCCCAUCCCUGGCCCCAUUCCUGCCCCAUUCCUGUCCCCAUUCCUGUCCCCAUCCCUGUCCCCAUUCCUGUCCCCAUUCCUGUCCCAUCCCUGUCCCCAUUCCUGUCCCCAUUCCUGUCCCCAUUCCUGUUCAUUCCUGUUCCCAUUCCUGUCCCCAUCCCUGUCCCCAUCCCUGGCCCCAUUCCUGCCCCAUUCCUGUCCCCAUUCCUGUCCCCAUUCCUGUCCCCAUUCCUGUCCCAUUCCUGUUCCCAUUCCUGUCCCCAUUCCUGUUCAUUCCUGUUCCCAUUCCUGCCCCCAUUCCUGUCCCCAUCCCUGUCCCAUUCCUGUCCCCAUUCCUGUCCCAUUCCU